AUGACUCAUAAGAGAAGACACGAAUUUAAUUUCAACAAAAAGAAUCGCAAGCGCUCGAACAGCAUCAAAGACGCAGAUUGCGAUGCCAAAAUCAACCUCAACAAACCAGAACAACACCCCGAUCACUUCAAAAAGCGAGGGACAUUAACAGACCAUGACGACGAUUCCUACGAUGACCAAUACCUGCCAGAAGACAUCGAUUCUAUAUAUCCCGAUGACGACAAUACCCUCUUGUACGAUAGCAACGGCGACUGCUAUCAUUACGAGGCUGUUAUGCCAAGCUCCAAUACAGCAGAUCUCGAUACCCACCCAGUACCUAUCGAGACUCAGCAUGUCCUCUCCACCAAAACCGCAGCAGAGGUGAUUGAAGUAAAGCUAGAGGAAGAGAUCGAGACGCUUGAGAUCCGUCACUCAGCGUCAUGGAUCGAAGGAAAAGAACAAGCAAAAGGCACUUGCAACAUAGUAUCGCUCCAGUCACCACCAUGGACUACAGAUCUCCCUGCGAAGAGACCGUAUCAUGGCUACGGUAUCACACCCGGAGGCUUGCCACGGCACGGCCGACUCUCACCUUGGCUCUACCUUUGCGAUCACACCUGCGAUCUGGGUUUAUGCGACAUCACCUUCCGGUUACCCCAUACUUGUCCGCUCGGUUCAGGCUGUCGCUGGAGACACGAGAUUCUGUGGGACGAGCUGAGCUUCCUUAUAACCAGCGGUCGACUCACCCUCCGACGUGCUCGUGUCAUGCUCGCAAACUGGCAGUCAUCUGCGUCGUUGGAUGAUGACGUUGACGCUUGGCACCGAAUGAACGCCAUAAUCGACCGUCUACAGUAUCUCGAGGCGCCAGCUAUACUUAGAUACACAUAUCCGUAUCUGUUUCCCGUCCGCGACUCCCACGCUCUCUUCGAGAGACUGAGCGACUGA